UUGGUAGGCUUUCAAGUUUCAACACCAGAUUCCACACUCCCUGCUUCUUCUUCUUCUUCUUCAAUCCAUGGCAAAGAAACCUGUCAAGUACACUAUAGUUGACGCAUUCACAGAGUCAGCGUUCAAGGGGAACCCUGCAGCUGUGUGUUUGUUAGAUCAAGAGAGGGAACAACAAUGGCUGCAAUCUGUAGCUGCUGAGUUCAAUCUCUCAGAAACUGCUUUCUUGAUUACAAUUCAUAAUCAAAACUCUAAUCCUCGUUUUGCUCUCAGGUGGUUCACUCCUGUUGCUGAGGUUAAACUAUGUGGCCAUGCAACAUUAGCAUCAGCACACACACUAUUUUCAUCUGGUUUGGUUGAUGCCAAUAGUAUUAUUGAAUUUGUUACUCUCUCUGGAAUACUAACUGCCAAAAGAAUCCCAGCAAUCAAUGAAGAAGAAACCAAGGAUGGAUUGUUCUAUGUUGAAUUGGAUUUUCCUGUUGACCCUAUAAAGGAAGAAGAAUCCAACGUUGCUGAGAUUUCUUCUCAAAUCUCUGAGGCAUUGAGUGGUGCUACCAUAAUUGAUUUAAAGAGGACACAAGAUUCAGAUGACUCACUCGUUGUACUAGAAUCUGGAGAAGCUUUGUUAGAAAUGGAGCCAAAAAUUGAUGCAAUAGUUAAACUUGAAUGUGCUAGAGGUUUGCUUGUUACAGCAAUUGCUCCUCCAGGAUCAGGAUUUGAUUUCUACAGUAGAUGUUUUUUCCCCAAAUAUGGAAUCAAUGAGGAUCCUGUGACUGGGAGUGCACAUUGUGCAUUAGCACCAUACUGGUGCAAGAAACUAGGCAAGUGUGAUUUCAAUGCAUUUCAGGCAUCAAAAAGAGGGGGAGUUCUGAAUAUUCAUAUUGAUGAGAAGAGUCAGAGAGUGCUUUUGCGUGGAAAGGCUGUUACAAUUAUGGAAGGCUUUGUUUUGGUUUAGUAGGGUUUUCAUCAAUUCAGUUCUUGUUGGUCCUUUAAUAAAUUUUUAUGAGCACUUAAUUCAAAAUACUCAUGUCAAAACAAAUUUGUCUUCGUUUUAUGGGGUAAUGAAUUUUCAUAAUGCUUUUAUCUUUAAUUUGAAUAAUAA